AUGAGCAGGCUUGCAAGUCCAAACGGCUGGGAAAGGGAUUUUGUGGACUUCAAAAAAUCUUGCACCAAUCAACUUGGCCAGUACUCCAUCCCCUCCUUCCCCGCACUCGCCUGGUCCGUCCCCAACAUCGAGGCCAUCUUCACCAUCCAACUCGUUGACAGCAACUCCAGGCUCCCCGCCGCCUGUCUCCAAGUCACCCUCACUAACGGACUGACCGUUGGCCACAGGGCCGUUGCCUGGCUCUCCGCCUCCUUCCUCAUCUUCGCCGCACUCAUCACCCUCGCUGCUGUCACCAUUGCCCCCUCCUUCCUGAUCACCGCACCAAUUCUGAUCUCCAUCAUUCAAGCGAUCAACAAUCUGCGCGGCCUCACCGGCGGCAAGGUCUUUUCGACCACCCAAGACACCGUUGCCUUUAUCUCCCAGCUAUACUUCCCCUUCAACCAGCAGCCUGGCACCAUUGACUUCCCCUAUUAUCCAAACUCCUCCUGA